AUGUACGAGGUGCAGCCGACCACGCUGGCCCCGCCGGCCGUCACGGCGCUGCGCCGCGAGGCCACGGCCUCCAGUGCCCAGCAGCGCGUCAACAUGGAGCGCACCGUCAGCCAGGACAUGCGCGAGGAGAGGGACGACCUGAAGGAGGCCGCCGAGCACAGCCUGAACGUCAUCAUGGACCUGGGGCUGUCGGGCCACGUCCGCUACGUCAGCCCGUCGUGGCGCGACGUCGUCGGCACGCUGCCCGCCGCCGUCAUCGGCCAGCCCGUGCUCGACCUGAUCUUCGCCGGCAAGGACGGCUUUGCCGAGACCAUCGAGUCUGUCCGCAAGUACGACUCGCGCAGCCACAUCGCCCGCUUCUCCGUGCGCAUGGGCCCGCACUCGCUGCUGCGCCGCAAGCGCUCGCGGCCCGCCGUCGAUGCCGAGCACGCCGUGCCGCCCUCGCCGACCAAGGACGCCGACGAGGAUGAACAGAUCCUGAACCUCGAGGCGCAGGGCAUCAUGGUCUACGACCGCGCCACGGGCGCCGAGAGUCAUACAAUGUGGAUGGUCCGCCCGUCCGUGCUCCGCGAGGUCACCAUUGACCUGCCCGAGGAGCUCGUCGAGUCGCUCGGCGUCGGCGCAGAAGUCCUCGCCCACUACCUCACCGGACUGGCCGACCAGAGCGCCGACGACCCGCGCAACCAUCCGCCGCCACUGCCCGUGCUGUGUCGCAUCUGUGAGCGGCAGAUCACCCCGUGGUGGUUCGAGAAGCACUCGGAGCUGUGUCUGCAGGAGCACCGCGCUGAGAUGGACGUGCAGCUGGCCCAGGAGACGCUAUCCGAGCACCGCAACGCCAUUGUCCGCGUUCUGGAUACCCUCGAGGCACAGGCCCGCCCUUCGAGAGCCGCGCCCGCAGACCCCGCAGCUUUGAUUCAGCCACCCGAGUACCAAGGCCACCUGAUUCAGCCAAUGUCGACUUCGUCCUCUGGCACGCCGUCCGGGCGCAACUCUCCUGCUUCUCCACCCUCGAGAUCCAGAGAGCGGUCCAAUGCGUCUGGCUUCGGGCAUCAUCGAGCACGCUCCUUCGCUGUUCGACGGCCGCUUGCUCGCAUCGUGGAGCUGGUGCUCGACUUGUGCGACACUGCACUGGAAGUCAACACGCCAGCCAUCAAGGACAACAUCCGCAAUGCCUCUGAGAUCCGCACGCAGUCGCCGCAGUCUGAGAACCGCAUCUCGCAAGUGAUGCAGUGGCAGUCGCCAACCUCUGGCUCGUCAGACUUCAGCGACGGCUUGAGGCUGCUCUGCGAAGACACCAACCGGCUGGCCAAGGUCAAAAUCGAGGCCGUCUUCAGGCAUCGACAUAUCCUCGAGUAUUCCGAGCGACUACGCAUCGAGUUCGACAUCCUGGUCCAAGAGUGCAUUGAAGCCGCCAUCGUGAAGGCUGCCCGCAUAGCUGCUGGAGAGGACAGCUCCUCAGACGACGAAACAGCAGAGGGAGAACCGCCGCCAGAUGUAAAUGACAUCCCUGGAGGUGACGAGGGCAUCUUCCCUGGAUCCUUCGACGCUCCAUCGGCUAUGGCCAAUGCCCUGCGUAACGCCUCAGACACAUCUCUGCCCAUACGAGUAGGACGUCGAGAGUCAUCCGUGGCAGAUUCAACAAGAUCCAGCAGCCCGAGAGCCGGCUGUCAGACACCCAGAUCACAUGCUGGUCCCAUCAGUAUCGCGAGCCAAGGCAAUCGACGGUCUAUGCAUUUCGAGAGCGAUGCAGGCAUGGAGAGCGAUACCAGUAUGCGGUCGUCAGUCCUGUCCGGCCCGCGACGAGCUGACUCACCAGCCAACUCGGAACUCGGUCUCAGCAGAGUAGCCAGCUCGAGAGAACGAAAACGCAAGAGCUUGAUUCUGCCAAGUGUCUUCUCCAGCCGGCAACAGUCGCCUGCUCGUACCAUGCACCCAGCACCACCAGCGUCACCCCUACGAACAAAGCCUCGUAUGUCCAGCGGUGCCGAUGCUUUCCAUUCUCCAAUAACAUCACCCGUCUUAACGACCACCGACUUCUCCUCACCUGCCAUGUCAAUGGCAAUCAAUCACCACCGCAGGCAGUCGUCCACCGCUGGAUCAGAUGGCCCAAGAGGUCUGUCGCCUCGACUGCUGCCUGUCACACAACCGCAGCCACGCGCGGUACCUCCCUCCAUCAAGGAUUUCGAGGUCGUCAAGCCCAUUAGCAAGGGCGCAUUUGGCAGCGUCUAUCUUGCCAAGAAGAAGUCUACCGGCGAAUACUACGCCAUCAAGGUCCUCAAGAAGGCAGACAUGGUGGCCAAGAAUCAAGUCACCAAUGUCAAGGCCGAGCGGGCGAUCAUGAUGUGGCAGGGCGAGAGCGACUUUGUUGCAAAGCUCUACUGGACGUUCUCGAGCAAGGACUAUCUGUACCUUGUCAUGGAGUAUCUAAAUGGAGGCGAUUGUGCGUCGCUCAUCAAGGUCCUCAGUGCUCUACCAGAAGACUGGGCGAAAAAGUACCUGGCUGAGGUUGUCCUGGGCGUGGAACAUCUUCACAGCCGCAGCAUCGUCCAUCGCGAUCUCAAACCAGACAAUCUGCUGAUUGAUGCCAAGGGCCAUCUAAAACUCACCGACUUUGGUCUGUCACGAAUGGGUAUGAUUGGGCGUCAAAAGCGUGCUUUGAAGUCGGACCCCAACGAGCACGCGCCGGACCUGCUGAAGACAGGUCCUUUCCAUCGUGCCGCCUCUGGCUCCUCAGCGUCACGAUCUGCGUCUUUUGAUCUCAACCCGUCGCCAUCCACAACUCCAUCGAUGACGCCCGCGCUUGCUGGCGAUCUUGGUCAGCCGUCGUACUUCAGCCUCAGCCGAGACGUGCCCCAGAGCCGCGAACAAAGUCGAAGGACAUCGGGGAACCGCAGCGAUAGCGCUGAUAGCGAUGCUCUGCAAGCCAUGUUCCGUCGCUUCUCAAUCGCAGACUCCAACUUUGGGCCUGGGCAACGGUCUCCCAUCGAAGAGGAGGAUUUCAGCGACAAUGGAUCGCCAGACAUUCUUGCCCCAUCGAUGAGCAACUCUGCUGUUGCACAAGCUCAAAAUCAGACACCGCCGGCGACAACACACAUGCCGCCCCCGCACAUGACGCUAUUUGACCCAGAUGACAGCAAUGAGAGGAAGUUUGUUGGUACCCCCGACUACCUCGCACCCGAGACCAUCGCUGGUAAGGGCCAAGAUGAAGUGAGUGAUUGGUGGUCGCUGGGCUGCAUCCUGUUCGAGUCUCUGUAUGGGUAUCCGCCCUUCCACGCCGACACGCCAGACGAAGUGUUCCAGAAUAUCCUCGCGCGAAGAAUCGACUGGCCAUCGGAAGAGGAAGACAUCUACGACAUCUCAGACGAUGCAAAAGAUCUUAUGAAUCGCCUGAUGUGCUCCGAUCCUGCCAAGCGCUUGGGUGCUAAUGCAGAAGAAAAGUAUGCUAGUGGCGGCGAGGAAAUAAGAGCCCACCCUUGGUUCGCUGACGUGAAUUGGGAGACAUUGCGCGAUGACGAGGCUUCCUUCAUUCCUGCACCUGAGAAUCCGGAAGACACGGAGUACUUUGACACACGAGGAGCAGCCAUGGCGAACUUCUCGCCGGAAUUCGAAGAUCAAGGCACAUCGUCAGCCGGAACGCCGAGCGCCGAUUAUCCAGACCGGCCGCACGAUGCGUUGUCGCGAGUGCGAUCACAGGUCAGCGUCUCGACUAUGAAGCGAGGCCUCAUCCCGUUGCACAUCCCGGCCCACGUCAGAGAAGGCAGGUCUAGAAGACUCAGCGAGCCAAUGGCUACAGAUGACUUCGGCAACUUUAGCUACAAGAAUUUGCCAGUUCUGGAGAAGGCUAAUAAGGAUGUGAUUCAGAAGCUGCGCGCAGAAGCAAUGCUGCCGCAAAACAAGUCCAGCUCAGCCAUACACUCGCCCACAAUCACCUCGCCCUCGCCAUCUCUCGAGACUAGCCCGAUGAUGCCCGGGCCGCUGCAACGCACCUUGUCCACCAACAGAGCGAGCGGUCGACCAGCAUCGCCAUCGGUCAGCGGACCGAGCUCUUCGCCCAGCCGAGGCUCACAGCCGUCGUCACCUCUGCUUGUACAGUUCAGCACUGGUCAGCACCACGACCGACGUAAGACAUCCAGCAGCUCCUCAACGUUGUCACACUCAACCAGCAAUCCAGGGCCCCUCCAAUCGGGAUUGUUCGAUCCCAACCGUCUGUCUGGCUUGCGGCCAUCACCAGAAGCCGUCUCGCCAGGCAAGCCCGCGAAGACAGGACCUGGCAUGUCUGGUUCGUUCUCAGAGAAGCUGGGAUCCAGUCCACGCCAGUCUUCCGCCGGACCAGCAAGCUCGCCACGUGCGCGGUCUCAGACACUCGGCUCUCAAGACGGCGACGUCGUGCGAGACCUCCUCCCAGGUCACCACAAGCGACGCAGUCAGGUGCUCGAUGUCUCGCCGUCGUCGUCAGACACGGAAGAUUCGCGGGCCAAGGCGCUGCUGCGUGUACAGCGUCGGAGACAGAGCUCUCGGCGGCUGUCGCAGAUCAGCUUCGGCGACGGACCGUUCUUCCGGCCGCUCGACGUGCUCAUUUGCGAAGACCACCCUGUGUCGAGGCUGGUCAUGGAGAAGCUUCUCGAAAAGCUGCGCUGUCGCACGCUGACUGUCAAUAAUGGAUCCGAGGCUAUUCGCUACGCCAUGGGCGAGGUCAAGUUCGACAUCAUUAUGAUGGAGUUCAGAUUGCCGCAAGUCAACGGCGCCGACGUAGCCCGCAUGAUCCGCGACACCAAAAAUGCAAACACAACGACCCCCAUCGUCGCAGUCACCGGAUACCUCAAAGAGCUGCAGGCCCCGCACUACUUCGAUGCGCUCAUCGAAAAGCCUCCCACUAUCGCCAAGCUCACAGACACCCUCGGUCGUCUGUGUCAGUGGAAGGCACCGCCCCAGAACUGGGCGCCGACAAUGUACCCCUCCAUGAUGCCCUCCGGCCUCAGACAAGAGUCGACCCGACAGGAAGACAGCCCGACGACAACUUCCAACUCGUCCGCGUUCUCGCACGUGCCCGGCUCCUACCGCGGGUCUAGCCGCGAAGACUCGAUCAGCUCGUCGUUCUUCGGCGACAAUGACAGUCGCACGAGUGAAGAUGUGCCGGUCACUGUUGUCCGCGCGGCGGAGGAGUGGCAUCCGGUGCUUGGGGUGGGGCGGUCGAUGAGCGGGCUGGGGAUCUCGGAUCAGGAUGCCGAGUCUAAAGAGCCAAAGGACUCACAGCUCCCCAAGACCCCCAAGAACAUCAGGGAUUCCAUGGAGCGCAUGGAUCUAAAUGAUAACAAGGAGAGAGAUCUAAAGGAGAAAGAUGCAGAGCCGGCAAUCCGCCGCCAGCGCUCCGCAGAACAAGUCGGCGCCAAGCGCCGCCUGCUGUCCUCGCGCAAACACGAGUCCGCCGAGUCCGGCGACGAUGAGGACGAAGAGCUGGGCCACGCGGCCGCAAAGCGCAGCCCCACAGCCCUCGACCCGACAUCCCCCAGCCCCGCGAAGUCGGGCGCGCACACCCACGCCCCGCCAUCCCAGUCGCAGUCGCAGUCCCUCACCUACGGCCCGCAGACGCGCGACGCGCACGCGCACGCGCACUCACAUUCGCACUCGCACUCGCACGCGCGCCCGCACGCGUCCAAACUCGGCAUCGAGAUGCUGCGCACCAACAGCCGCGGCAGCGUGGUCUCGGUCGACGGCGACGUGGCGGACCGAGAGCGCGGCGGGGAGCGCGAAAUGGAAGUCCCUGGUGUGAUAUGCGAGGACGUUGGGGGCGAGGAGCGGGAGGCUUUUGCGUUGUUUUCUGCGCGGGGAGACGGGGGCGGGGGUGGUGGUGGUGGUGGUGGUGCUGCUGCAGGUACUGGAGGUACUGGUGGUACUGGUGCUGGGGGCGCAGGCACGCCAACACACGAGGAUGGCGCGGUCACGCCGGAUCCGGAUCCCACGCCCCGCGCCGUGAAGACUGGAUAG